GUUGACCAGUGAAAAAUUUAAGUGAAUAAUAUCAUGUUUACCUCGAGCGACAUAAAUAUGAUGCUCUAUCAAAUUGUUACAUCGACGGCAAAGCAUCGAUUUGGGUUGAUUCUCAAACACUACCAACUCGGAAUUAUUAUUGUAGCUGAAAUUCUUGGUCGUCGAUCAACCUCUAUAGUUUGUCUUAUAAAUUGCGAUGACAUUUGAAAAUUUCAAUCCACUCACUUAUUGCUACCGUUCUUCAUCCAAGACCAUUUUUAGAGGCUUUGAAAAUGUUCAAUUUCUUGCAUGAAAACAAUUUUCUCCCUCUACCAUGAUCACUUGCUAUUGUCAAGAUCAGAAUCACAUUCAUAAUGGCUUUGGUUAAAUUUUGGCUCUCAAUUUAUUUGUUUAACUCACGAUAAAGAUUACUAAUCAAAGCUCCCCAUUUCAAUUCUCUGCUUCUUUUGAGUGCCUUUUUUGAAGCUUUGUUCCUAUUAAAUGAACAUUAUUCCAUUAUUCUGUUCAUCUGCUGAUUUUUAUUUCUUGGUCGAAUCUCUCGUCAAAUUCGCUUAUUUCAUGGAUAACAUAUCAUCAACAAACACCUGUUAAAUCACCUUAACUAUAACCAAAGAAAAAGGUUUCUAUCGCAAAACUAAAUCAACUGCUGCAAAAUGUUCAAGCCAAAUUAUAAUAAAUUAAAGACUAACCUUAAACUGGUCAUCCAGAGACUCAAAAUGUUAGAGAAAAAGAAGACAGAAAAUGCCUUGAAAGCUAGAAGGGAAAUUGCUUCGUAUAUUGCUGCAAAUAAAAUUGAUCGAGCCAAGAUUCGUGUUGAGGCCAUUAUCAGAGAGGAUUAUCUGGUUGAGGCAUUGGAAACUAUUGAAAUGUACUGUGAUUUACUUUUAACCCGAUUUGGUUUGAUUGAACAAAUGAACACCUUAGAUGAUGGAAUUGCCGAAGCCGUUAGUUCAGUCAUCUGGGCAGCCCCUAGGAUUACAGACAUUCAAGAGCUCUCAGUGAUUGUUGAAUUGUUUACUAAAAAAUAUGGGAAACAAUAUGUUAUGGCAGUGAAGGAAGGUGGUAUCAAUACCGUUGGUACAAAUUUAAAGAAAAAAAUGAGCAUAGAAGAAUUGCCCAAAAUCAUGAUUGAACGUUAUUUGAUUGAAAUUGCUAGAGACCAGAAUGUACAAUACAUUCCCGAUAUUGAAGUCAUGUUACAGGAUGAUCUUUAUUUAGCUGAAGAAGCCAUCGCCAAUAAGAGGCCUGGUUUUCUAAUCGAUUUAGGGCCUAGUCUUGGUCCGCCACCUCUUCCAUUACUUAAUCCCAGUGAUCCUUAUGCUGGACCCCCUCUAGGAUUUCAAUAUGGACCGCCUUACCCACCAGGACCAUCAGGGCCGCCAGGUUCAGGAGGUCCAACACAUCCGUCAGGACCACCAGGACCACCAGGACCAUCAGAAUCAUUCAGAUCAUUAGGACCAUCACCAAAUUCAAGCAUUCAAACAAUGCCUACAUCACACUAUCCGAAUCAAGGUUCUGAGAAAGGCCCUGUUGAUAAAGAUAAAGAUAUUUCUCAAUUCGUUUCUCCUUCUAACUUUGGAUGUUCACCUAAAGCUCCUCCUGAUUCAUCUGAUUUUGAUCUGUCACUAAUAAUUCCUAAUUAUGAUCCACCCAAUUACCACAGUAUGUUUCCUGAGUCAAAACCCAUUCAUAAAUCGGAAGACAAAUUAACACCUCCUCCUCCAGCUCCUCGAAAGUCAAAGACGUCCAACAAUGACGAACAUGGUGACUUGCCUGACUUACCAAGUAUUCCUAACUCUUUGCCAGAUAUCGAAGGAAGUGAUAAAAAUGAUGAUGAUAUUGAUCUUGACGAUUUGGCCGCACGAUUUGAAGCUCUAAAGAAGAAAAAAUAAACUAAUGGAUUUUUUUGGGACUAAAUACGAUCUAUUUUUGAUUUAAAAUUAUUAAAUAAAUCUAUAUUUACAUGUUAUUAGU